AUGGCGAGUGAGACACGAUUUUUCGAUAAAUCUUUAAAGCGCUUAAAAUUUAUAUUUCUUUGCACAGGUUUAAAUUUAGAACGGAAUAAAAGCGAUAAAUGGCAUACAAUAAAAAAAAGAAGUGUUUAUAUUUUUAAUUUUAUAUGGCUUAACAGUGACAUAAUUGGUGCUGUAUUUUGGAUCACAGAUAAAGUGAAAAACGGAAAGGAUAUGACUGAGAUCACGUAUCUUGCACCAUGCGCAACAUUGAGCUUGGUAGCUACUUUGAAAUCACUUUAUUUAAUAAUUUAUGAAGAUUAUGUUGGGCAAUUGAUUAAACAGUUGAGAGAACUUGAUGAAAAUGCAAGCGACAUGGACACUGUUAUAAAAAUUAAAACUGAAAAAGAGGAGAGGAGAUUCUUAAACUUGGUGAUAAAUCUAUUAAAUAUAUUGAAUAUCGGUAUGGUGGUAAAUUUCACCUUCAGUCCAUUGAUAUUAAUAGCUAUAAAAUACAUCAGAACCCGAGAACUCGAAUUGAUGCUGCCAUUUCUCGACGUUUAUCCAUUUGAUCCGCUCGAUAUUAGGUAUUGGCCGUUGAUAUACAUGAAACAAAUUUGGUCAGAAUGCAUAGUUCUUUUAGAGAUAUGCGGUGCUGAUUACCUCUAUUAUAUAUGCUGUACAUAUAUUAGAAUCCAGUUUCGCUUACUAAGACAUGAACUUGUGCAACUCAUAGCUGAUAGACAGCCAAACCAAAAUGUGUAUCUUAGGAACGGAUUGAUAAAGUUGAUAAAAUGGCAUCAGAGUCUCAUAAAAGCCGUGAACACUUUAGAAAUAAUCUAUUCAAGGUCGACGUUAUUCAAUUUUGUGUUAAGCUCGGUGAUUAUUUGCCUGACUGGCUUCAACGUUACGGCCAUUAACAACGUAGCGUUCGCCGUUACCUUCUUAACGUUCUUGUCCAUGAGCCUCCUCCAGAUAUUUUUUCUUUGCCUCUUUGGUGACAUGAUAAUGAGCUCGAGUCAGGAGGUGAGCGAUGCUGUGUAUAACAGUUUGUGGUAUGCGGCUGAUUGGAGGGUGGGGAAGGAUUUACUGUUGGUACAAAUCAGAGCCCAAAAACCUUGCAAGUUGACGGCGUUUGGUUUUGCUGAUGUAAACUUGAGAGCGUUCACCAGGAUAAUUAGCACUGCCUGGUCAUAUUUUGCGCUCCUAAAGACAAUGUACAAUACGAACCAAGAUUAA